AUGCGUACCUCAGUCUUCUUCGCUACCCUCUCGGCUUUUGCCCUGGCCUCCGGUGCCGUCGCUGCAGAGAGUGCCUCUGAGAGCAGUGUCAACUACCUCACUGAGACCAACUCUCUGGGCGUUGUUACUGGCCAGCCCUCGGUCGUUACCAGCCAGCCCUCCGCUGCGACUUCCCAGGAGGCUGCUGCCUCUAUUCCCGCUGGCUUGACCGCACCCGUUGUCACUCCCGCAACAGGCAGCUUCACCAGCUCCGUCAAGAGCAGCACCCCCCUCACAUCUACUAGCUCUGGCACCACCGCCACUGGCACUUCCGGGUCCUCGACCUCUACCGGCUCCAGUGACUCCAACUCGUCCAGCACUGGCUCCUCCACCUCCACCUCCAGUGGUGGCGCCGCUUUCGCCACCGCUGGCAUGGGUCUUGCUGCUGGUGCCGCUAUCCUUGCUUUCCUGUAA